CCUAAUUUUCACAUUAGUUUUUCACUUUUUCUUUUGAUUAGCGGCUGCUUUAAUUUCUUGGAACUACAUGGUGGAUUGUCCGAAUUUCGUAGAAGAAAUAUUGGUGGAGAUCCUGUUAAGACUGCCCAUUAAGUCCAUCGUAAGAUUCAAAGCCGUGCAUAGUUCAUGGCUUUCUUUUCUUUCGAGCACAGAGUUUACUCUUGAACAUCUCCGACGUAAUAAAGCUAAUGCUACAUACAAAUACGGCGUGGUUGGAGUUGAAAAUAUAACUCCAAGAUCUUCAUCUCUCUCCUUUCGUAAUCUUGUUACGGUGACAAAGGACGACAUCGCUGUAAUGAAGAUUAAACAGGUGAAGCACAUUGCUAGAGUAUAUGGAUCCUGCAAUGGCUUGUUACUGGUACAGAAAAUUGACGAACUUGUAGUGUGGAAUCCAUCUACCGCCGAAUACAAAAGUGUUCGCACAUUUAAUUUCGUAACUUUCUAUAACUUGGUAAAUCAUAAUAAUCCCAUAUUUGGCAUUGGCUAUGAUGAUUUAAACGACAAUUACAAAAUUAUUUUCGGAGUGAUUUCUCAUUCGUCAAAGAGCGAAGUUGAAGUUUAUAGUAUGAAAACAGGAAGUUGGGAGAAAAAAGUUUACAAUUUCCCCUACAUUGUCAGCGAAAGUAGUUGUACUACUUUAGCGAAUGGGACGCCACAUUGGAUCGGGAGGAGGGCUGAUAGAUAUGAAAAAGUCGUCCUGUUUUUCGAUACGAUAAAGGAGGAGUUCAAAGAGUUGGUUCUACCUCAAUAUUACGGAGAGUUCGAUCAACGUAUAUCUGUUUUGGACGGUGAUCUUUGUUUAGCAACAUCCGACGGGUCUUUCGUAAAAGUAUGGGUGAUGAAAGAAUACGACAUGGUGAAAUCAUGGUGUAAAUUGGACAUCAAUUAUCCUCUUCAUCCGGAUGGGAUCAGGCCCUAUAGAUUCUUCUUUAUGCCCGUUGGAUUUGCCAACGACGAUAAUCAAGUUGUGAUAGAGUUCAACAAAAAAGCUAUAGCAAUAUACGGUAGAAUUAGAAAUAAUAGGAUUGGGUAUAGGGAUGUUGUGCAUCUCCAAAUAGGAGUAGCAGCAUAUAUAGAAACACUUGUAUCUCCUAACUAUAAUAGUCACUCACAACACAAAUUUCUUUAG